GUAACUGCAUGUUAUGCAAUGAGCUGAGCUGAGCUGAGCUGCUGUUCUCAGGUCUCCUGUGCUGAGAGUCAGCAUGGCAGAGUGUGACGCAGGGGUGGUGUCUGCUCUGCUGAGUUGAGAAGUUUGCUGCAGUAUAAAUGCUGAUGCUGUCCUCUAUCUGCCGCAGUGCCCUGCUUCUCCCCACACGGUGUGCACCUGACUUACUCUCUAGUCUACAUCAUCCCAGCAUCAACUCUCUCUCAGCAUCUCUCUGACUGCCACCCAGCAUCUCCUCACUCUGGGUAUCAGACUCUACAUCCCAGCAUCUCCUCACUCUGGGUAUCAGACUCUACAUCCCAGCAUCUCCUCACUCUCUCAGCAUCUCUCUGACUACAUCAAAGCAUCUCCACAGUAUUUAUCCCAAACUUGCACUCCCCAUUCUCUCCCUAGUCACCCCUUGUCUGCUUUACUUACCCCUAUCCCUUUGCUCCCUCACCCACUGAAAGUUUAAAGUUCCCCUAAACAUGCUCAGUUACAGCCUGGAGCGCUCCAUGGGACCAGCGACUUACCGCAGGCACCCUGGGGGUGACACUUACCAGCGCUCCAGCUCUGUGUCCCUCACUCACAGUGGCAGCAGCAGCUUCCAGUCCCAGAGCCGGAGCCGCCGCACUGUGGCCCCCCUGGCUUACAGCGAGGGCCCCGAGCCCUCCAAUGGGCCCCGCAAUGAGAAGGAGGCCCUGCAGGGGCUGAAUGAUCGCUUUGCCGGCUACAUAGACAAGGUGAGGCGGCUGGAGGAGCAGAACCAGUACCUGCAGCAAGAGGCCAGUGACCUGAGGAAGCAGCAGGCUGGGGUGUCUGCUAUUGGGCAGCUGUAUGAGAGGGAGAUCAGGGACAUGAGGAACCAGCUCCUGAAAACCCUGUCAGAGAAUGGGCAGGAGCAGCUGGAGAGGGACCGGCUGACUGAGGACAUGGACCUGCUGAGGGUGAAGACCCAGGAGGAGCACAGGCUGAGGGAGGAGGCCCUGGCUGCAGAGAGGGCCCUGAGGCAAUAUCUCCAGGAGAGCAGCCUGGACAGGGAGCAGAUAGCCAGGAAGGUGCAGGUCCUGGAGGACGAGGUGGGCCAGCUGUGCAGGAGCCACCAGGAGGACGUGGAGGACAUGUUACAGCAGAUCCAGGGGAGCCAGGUGACAACUCAGCAGCUGGGAGAAGUACCAGGCCUGGAGCUGGCAUCAGCACUCAAGGACAUCAGGGCACAGCUGGAGGGCCACAUUGGCAAAAACAAUGCCCUGGUCCAGGACUGGUUCCAAGGUGAGAGGAAGGAGACAAAUUGCUCCCAGUGUAGGAGGCAGAUAGAUGGGGAGAUACACAUGAAAAUUGACACACACACAUCCUAGACCAAGGCACUCUACUUAAACUCAUACUAUGCCAAAAAAAAACCUGAGAAACAUCCUUCAGUCUGACAUCUGGUUGUAAGGGAUCACUUAACACAAGGGACUCUUUAGAUCAGUGAAUUCCAUCAGUUAUAAUCUCAGAAUAACUUCAAUAAAACUAAGGGGGAACUCACUAACCAGUGGUUGUGUGGUAGCUUGUCUUGAAAAGCAAACUUUUAAAUCUAGGCUAAGGGAGUUAUAGCUUAAUUGGAGAACUGUUAGUUAACUGUUACGGUCUAAGCAUAAUAAUGUCUUUGAUCAUUUCCUGACAAAUCUCUAUUUAGUAAAUAACCUUGUUUACCAGUCAGCAGAAACAGCUAAAUCCACAGAAUCUCAUUCAUUAAUUGGACAGUGAGUUGCACAGAUAAAAAGAAACAUUUUAAGUGCUUCAUAUAUUAAUUGGGCACAAUUAUUUAAUCUAUUCACUGCAGCUUUACAUUGCUUCUGAUAUAUGUUUACUGGCUGUCUUAUACUUGUUGGAAAAUCAAUAUGUAGUUCUAUAUUCCCUGUUUGUGAUGACUCUGUUGAUGUGAUGUUGCAGUAAGUUUUCAGUAUGGCUUUUUGUCUCUUCCAGUUGAGAAGUGGUUAAGUGCUUAAAGUGUAUAUCCAUGAGUCACAAUUUGAUUCUAUAUUCAGAUCCGCACCCUCACUGAUUCUUUCAUACUGCCAUGUGCAGUAAUAGAUAAAUUGUUGCAUCACAGUAUAAAUGUAAAAUUUCUUGUAGUCUUUCUCCACAGACAGAUUGCUAAGGAAAAGAUUUGAUAUUUAUAUUUACAAGACUAGCACAAUUAUUCACAAGUCACGAGUUGUCAGAAACACACCAGAUAAAUUAAAAUAUAUGUCCAAAAUAUCUAUUUUAUGUAUAUUGGCCUGUAUAUUUCUCAACAGUCCACAGAUUAGUGAAUCAUCCGGAAUUUAUUCCUACGUUCCAUUUGAGAUAUGGAGUCAUACCUCAUUGUAUAAAUUACGUAUUAUUUGUUCUAAAUUAAUUUACAGUGUAGCUGCAUUUAAAUGUAAGAUGUUCUAUAUCAUUUAUAAGUAAAUGUAUUGGGUUUUGUCUAUUUUGCCUGCUUUGCUGUUAGGUAGAAAGUAUAUAUAUAGAGAGAGAGAGAGAGUAGAGGGAGUGGAUUGCCAUUUGAGCGUUCUUGCCUGAGCAUUUUCUGGUCACUUACCAUAAUUUGAAUUUAAACUAGCUUUUGAAUGGGUGAAAAUAGUAUACACGCUUGGUUUAUUGUUUAUUCUCUCAUCAUAACUUUUUAAUUCACUUGUAAAUGUUGACUGAAGAAAAUAUAGAUAAAAAGUUGUUUCUGCUCCUAUUCAUGUGCAAAAUCAGCUUUAAAAAAAUAUACAAUUGAAAAGGUUGCACAUGGUACAUCAGUGUAAUGCAUGAUACACCCCUUAGAUUGGCAUUUUCAACUUUUAUAUUUUGAAAUUUGUAAUAUUUACCCUUGGUUAUAACCUCAUUAGAGCCUGGCAGUUUUACCUUUACAUGCAAUCUACAAAAGGAAUGUUUCAAUGUUUGGGAACAGAUAAAUCUGUAUAAGGUUGAAUUACUAGAAUAUUGUAAGAGCACACCUCGCAUGUGAGCAAAAAGAGACGCUUUUCUUUUAUUAGUUUGUGUUGGGAGGUUGGGUGCAUUACUCAAAUGUUUAAUUAUUUAAUUAUCUAUUUAUAUAAUCUUUAUAUAUGUCUUUUAGAUCAAGACGAAAAGAUCGACAUCAAGGUAGAGAAGAGGGAAACUGUUUGGUGCCAAACAGGCAUUGGACCUCUAAAAGAGAGCAAUGUGUUAGAUAUGCAUAAGGGAUACUAAUAUAGAUAUAUUUGUGACAGGCAAUUGAGAUGCACUGUGCAGCCAUGUUAAAAAACGCUGAGAUCAUACAAGAGAUUUAACAUUUGUAUUGAUACACCCUGAUAAACAAAAUCCCUGCCUUUUGUAAGAUUACAUUCUAGAGUUGCUUGUUAGGAGGUGAAUGUAAACGGGUUGUAUGGGAUAUAUAUCAGAGGAUUUAGGCAAGAGAUGCUUUAGUCCUAGAGGUGGCUUGUCUCCAAGGACACCUUCAGGCCUGGCUCCUGCAGAAGUGCAGACAGCUGGCACGUGACAAGAUUGAAAUGAAUUCAUUCAUUUUUCAGCCCUCAUCUCUACAGUGGGCAGAAAGUAAUGGAAAUAUUUAAUAACUGAAUUCUUGGGAUAGCAUAAUUUCUGGCUGCAAUGCAGCAGCUAAACGGACACAGGGCAUGUGCUCCCAUUACUGCUCAUUCCUGCACUGCAGCAUUGGACCAACCCAGCACAUGCUCAGCUUGGCAACUGAUCCACCUGGCUUGUUGCCUUGAAUUUAAAUAGAUAUUAAUUACAGUCAGGGGGCUGGAGAAGGUAUCUGGUACACACCCUUUUACCGUGCUUUAUGUGUUAUAGGCGUUAUGACACCAGAACAAUGUGUUCUUAUUGAGAAUCACAGUUAGUAGAAUUAAGUGACUGCUGCUCACUACCUUAUAUUUCUGUAUAUUAUUGGCCUUAUUCACACCUUUACAGACUACAUGCCUCUGCUAUGCAUGAAUGGACCACACAAAACAAACUACGUAGGAUCUCCGCUCUUAUCAUAUUUAUGUUAGACACAUUGAGGGAAAUUUUGUGUUACAUUCCAAAAAUGGUCUAAAAUACUAAAAGUGGGCAAUGACUAUGGAAAUCAGUGGAUGCACCUAGCACGUUGCAAUGGUAAUUCCAUCAAGUAACAGUUUAGAACCACUCUUUAGAACAGAAAACCUUGAUAAAUCUCCCCCAUUAUACAACUUCUUACUGCAGUAUUAUAACAUUCCUACCAUAGGCGUGUGCAAGGUCUACCCAGACACAAACUCAUAUAUGGCUACAUAGUCAUCCCUCUCUCUCUUUAGAUCCCUAUCUGCAUUUUUACAGAUGGGGUACUUUAUCUGCUGAAUUUAGAAAUUAAGCAUAGGUAUUGUGGGCAAUAUUGGUAUAAAUAAAAUUAGACGACACAAAUGUUUAUUUACUUUUCAAUGGGCUUGGCCGCGGUCUUUAUUUAAAGCUUAAGGGUCUUACAACCAUAAUUACAUAACCAUAAACAUAUAACAAAAACUUUAACCUUUUAAAACAUUUGACUUUAUUAACCACCAGAUUGCCAGUCAGUCUUAGAUGACCUUACCACCUUUUAUUUAAAAGCAUUUACCAACAUAUCCUUCCCAGGGCCGGUGCAAGGAUUUCUGCUGCCCCAGGCAAAGAUCCAUUUUGCAGUCCCCUCAUGUCACUCACUCACUGACAGACACACAUUGGCAGACAAUCAAAAAAUUACUUUCAGUGAAAAGAAAUGUACAAAAAAGUUAAUUCAGUGUAUUUUCAGUACACACCUUAUAAUAAUAAUAAUAAUAUUACAAAAACUUAUUGCACAUCCCAAUGAAAUAAAAUGGGGUGUGAACCUAAAGUCCACUAUCAACCAAGAAAUGGCAGGUUUAAAGCAUUAGUACCAAAUGUGCAUACUCUGCUAAACGAACAAAUGAAUCUGCAUAUAUUUUUGAAAAUUUGCAUUUGGCUGUAUCUGCUUUCUAAGUAUACAAGUGCCAUAUAUUGAUCUGUGAUUAUAUUUAAGUCAAUUAAACCUUGUGGUUUCUGUGCAAAUGGAAUAUAUGACCAUAUAAAUGCAUCUGAUUCCUCAACCUCUGUUAAUAUGUGCAUGUGUUGCUGCUUAUAUAUCUCUCACAUCACAUAUCUUUAUAUUUUAGAAUCAUGCACCAUUUAUGUUUAAAGCAUAAUGUCCACUUCAGUGACUUGAAGUAGUUAUGGUACCUGGAGUCUGUAUGUACAAUGUUUUGCUUUGAAAUCUGCACCUACGGAGAUUAACCUCUCCGGCAGCAUAAUUGGGCUGACAUCAGCCAGUCCAGAACUCCACAAAUUUUACCUCACAGAAUAUCAGUCAUUGCCGGAGGAACGUCAGCUGAUGCAUUUAUCCGGCACUAAAUGAUGACUGCCACAGCUUUUGCAGCUCUGCAGAAGCUGGAACCACGCCACCAGACCACCAGAGAGGCUAAGAGUCUGGUCGGGACUCAGGUAAGGGCAGGGACGUACCUAGAGCAUUUGGCACCCGGGGCUGGUCUUGUGCUUGUUUCCUGUACCCGGCCGGACUAACAGGAAAUGCACACUGAGUGUGUACUUCCUGUUAGUCCGGCUGGGUACAGGAAUAAUACAGGGCUCGGCCACGCCACAGGGAGGGAGUGACAGGAGGAAGCGCUGAGCGCUUCCCUCCUGUCAGCCCCUGUCCUCAGGCUGCGCCCGGGCGUGCAAAGCUGCAGCCACCUGAGGCUCUCUGCAGAGCGGCUGCAGCAGGAGGGGGGCCGGCGCUCCUGGCGGCGCCCCCUCCCAAGGCACCCCCCACCCUGCUGGCACCCGGGGCGGACCGCCCCCCCCUUAGUACGCCACUGGGUAAGGGGGAAAUCCGCGGCUAAAUGGUUUGGCCCCUGUACCGGUGAACUGGGUCAGGCUACCCCACCCAUUACAACUACUACAACGGGCUGCAUUGAUUAUGACGAUUGGACUAACUCUUUAAUUACACUUCUAGCUAUAUCAAUCAUCUUAAUUUGACUUUAUUGGGAAACAUAUACAGCAAUACUACAGCUAUCUCUAUAAUCCUUGUAGUGAGCACACAUAACCUAGUUAAUAACUACGUCCUAAUUGUAUUUCCACUGAUAGCAUUCAACUGCUGACGACUAGCCCACUGCUGACGACUAGCAUCAAUGCCUUUGUAAAGGGGACCAAUUACCGAUAUUAUCUGGACUGGUAAUGAAUCUUGAGAACCGCAACAAAGCUUUUUGUAAUAUUUGCAAUGUUUUUUUCCCCAAAUGGGUGAUAUUGUUGGUGUUUUUGUGGUUUUAAUUGAUAAUGUAAUACUCAGUUCCAAAAAACCCUGUAAUUUCAUUGUCAAGUUUUUUUUUUCCCAAUCAUGUGAGUUAUGUUGUAGUAACAACACAGUACCUGCUCCCUUUUGCUGUGUUCUAUUACAGCAAAUGCUGUAAUAUAGCAUCAUAUCCCAGAGACCCUUGCCCGGUAUAGAAGAGCAUGUGGUUAGAAUGCAGGAAAUAAUUGUCUGCUACUUCAAACACAGCUUUCUAAUUAGACAUCUCUGAUGAAAGCCAUGAAUGUUUUUUUGUUCACUGCUACUGGUUACUGCUAUCCGCUAUCCUAGUGGAUUAUACAAAAUAUAGGAAUGCCUUUUAUUAUUAUAAUUAUUAUCAUUAGCAGUUUUUUUUUACAUUCUUUAUUUUUGCAAGUGCACUGUGAAAUACCAAAGUCUGAAACAUAAGACAGGACAAAUAUAAUGUUGAGUAGUACAUAAGGAGUCAAGAGUAUCUGCACCGUUCCUUUUUGGAGAACAAGUAAAAACAGGUUAUGCCGCAAUAUUUAACAUAGCAUAGUAGUGUUAGUACCCAUAGGCAGCCCCCCAAAGCAAAGUAAUAAAGACUUGGAUUAUGAGGAGCAUAGGUAAAAUGAGCAGAAACAACGCAAACCACAAUAAAGGACUAAACAGUAGGACAGACAAGUCCCCCAGCGAUCAAUAGUAAAAUGGUGUCAAGUAUGUAAUCAGGAGUUGAAGUGUGUCCUAUCCCUAUGGUUGUUUCAUCCUAUGCCCAUCAGAUAGUCCUGUAUCAGGGGACUAUGCUGUAGGUCUGCAUAUCCAGUAGUGGGCAUGUUGUCACAUACUGAAAACAAGGUUAGGGCUCCCCUCAGUUCUUCUGAAACGUCCCAGACUUCGGCUGCAGGCCGCCAUGAUGACUGACACUUGGACACCUUGGUCAGGUUUGGUGAGAACUGUGCUCUCUGCCAUCAUCUCUGGGCCUUUUGAGCCGCUGGGAUAGAGGACUUCUGUAGGGUGUGUCGUUGAGUUACUUAUCCGCUCUGCUGCAGUGGGGCGAGAUUUUGCUCCAGCUUCCGCCAGGAUUUUUCUAAUAUUCUGUCCAGUCGGGCCAGGAAAUCAAUUUGAGCUGUGUUGGGGUCUUCGAUGUACGCGGUGUUCAUUAUCUUGGGGAACUUACUGCACAGUGUCACCCUCCGACCCUCUUCAUCCCGAGCUCCAGCAACAACAGGGUAGCCUCCCAUGGGUGUACCGGGAUCACCCCUACCGGUCCAAGGGGGUAAGGGGGCUCAUACACCCUAUCAUCCGCCGCUGGGCACCCCCCAAGAAGACUGGCCGCUUCUUCUGCCCUAUGCGCACCAGGCCGCAGGACUCGAUCUUGGGUAAGCAAGCUUCGUUUGGGCUGCAGAUCAACACACUGUAAGCCCUCUUUGAUAAGGAACUUGUCUGUUGCUGUUUUUUGCCCAGGUCGAGUGUACAGGGGCUUUAGAAAUCAUUUUUGGUCAUGAUUGUGAGGGAGCCAUUGUGAAGUACGUGUCUCCACCAUAAUGGCUAGGCCCUGCCCCCCAUUGGUAUUAGCGGUUAAAUAGGGCCAACUUAUUCAGCACUGCUUUGCAAUCAUAGAAUGGAGAUAUUUGACAAGUAAUUGACACAUACAUUAUUAAUAGAGACAAGAGGGGAAAAAGGCCCUGAUCAAGCAAGCUUACAAUCUCAGUAAACAUAAAUUAUAUUGUCUGCCACCAAAUGAAACAUCAUGUCCCAUCACUAGCUAUUGCUAUUAUAAAUAGUUUCAUUUAUCCACUAUGGGAAUUAAAGGGCAACUGUCAUCAAAUUUUCACUUCUUUUUAAAAAAAAUUUAAUGUUCAUUAAAUUUAAUGGAAAUUAAUGAUCUCUUUAGUGACUGCUGCUCUGAUUUACUUGAAUGCUUCUGCAGUUGAUAUGUGUGAACCUGCAGCAGCAACAGACAAGUUAGGUUGCCCAGCAGUUGGUCAGAUAACAGUAAAAUCUGAGCCAAUAUGGCUGCUCAGCCAGAUAAAGUUCAAUCAAUAUACAUAAUUUAAAAAAUAAAUCAUUAAGUUUUAUUAAAUAUAAUAAACGUUUAAAAAAUAAGAAGUGAAUAUGUGUUGACAGUUGUAUUUUAGUCCCAUUUUAAAGACCUUCCACUUUUCCACGUGUAUAUUUUCUUGUGUUUCAAAACAAGAAUAUCUUCCUGUAUCCAUUGGAUUACAGGGAGCAAAACAUAAUAACCAUUUAAAAUAAACAAAUCUUUCCCAACUAAUCAAUUGGUGGAGAUUUCUCAAAGUGUUCUGCUCUAUAAUAUAGUCUAAACUAAAGUACUAAAAAUGGAGCAAUCACUAUGGGAACUAGGGGGACCAUUCCAUUCAUUACUCCUCACAUUUUACAUUUUGCAUCACUUUUAAGAAUAGAACACUGAAAAAUCUCACCCACUCCGUGCAACAAAUAUCUGCACAGAAUUAGAUUAGUUGAUAAGAAUAAAGCCAUGUAAUUUUGUCAGUAUAAAUAAUGGAGAUAAAUGGUAAGCCAUGUUCAGGAUGCAUUGAACAUAUCAAUGAACAAAUGUAAAGGACCAUAAAUUACAGACUGGCCUAUUUCUCACAAUAUAAAGUGAUUUUCUAUAGGCAUCUUAUCAGGAACUUCUUUUGCAAAUGAUCCAACUGUAAACUAAUUUAUGUUAAGGGAAUACUAUAGGGUCAGGAACACAAACAUAUAUUCCAUGACCCUAUAGUAUUAAAAACACCAUCUAGCUCCUCUUGCCCUCCAUUAAUAUAGUAAAAUCUUACUUUUAUUCCAGUCUGCUGCUGCUGGCUCUUCCCCUGAUCUGCCUGAUUGGCUGACAUCACCAGAAGUGUUGCUCAAUACCAAUCACAAUGCUUUCCCAUAGGAAAGCAUUGGAUUGGCUGAGCUUGUCAAGUGGCAGAACAGGGGCGGAGCCAACACAAGGCAAAAACAGCCCUGACCAAUCAGAAUCUCCUCAAAGUUCAGUGUCUCCAUGCAGAGGGUGGAAGCACUGUGCAGCACUGAGCCAUGAAGCACCUUUAACAGUCUUCUGAGGAGUGGCCAGUGGAGAUAUCCCUAGGCUGCAAUGUAAUCAUUGCAUUUUCUCUAAAAAGACAGUGUUUACUGCAAAAAGCCUGAAGGGAAUGAUUCUACUCACCAGAACAAAUACAAUAAGCUAUAGUUGUUCUAGUGACUACAGUGUCCCUUUAAGAAAUACACCCAUUUGUAUGGUCAGAUAAUGUCUAAAUGUUUUUGGUCGGGCAUCACGUCUUCUUCCUUUACCACUUGUGUCUGGUAAUUUUAAAUUUUUCUGUCAACCACAUAAUGUGCUAACAUUGUGCUACCCUAGGCAUGAAGAAACUCACCCCCCCCCCAUUCUAAAUUUGCCUUGCCCUGACUUGUUUAAGACGAGCAUGCAGUUGGCCUUCAGACACACCCGCUCAUUGACAGACACACACUCUCAGAUACAUGAUGACAUACAUUCACUGACAGACACACACAUUCACUGACAGACACAUACACUCACUAACAGAUGCACACUCACUGACAGACAUUCACUGACAGACACACAAACAUUCACUGACAGACACAUCCACUCACAGACACACAGUGACAGACACGCACAUUCACUCACUCACAGACACUCAUAUAUUCACUGAUAGACACACAGACACACUGACAGACACCCUGAUACUGACAAACUCACACCUACAUACUAGGGAUCGACUGAUUAUCGGUCUGACCGAUAUUAUCGGCCGAUAUUCGGUAUUUUCGGCAAUAUUGGUAUCGGUCAAUAAAGAUACCGAAAUUGCCGAUCAGGACCGCCGGGUCCAUGACAUGCCUGGCGGUCCUGGGGGGCCCAGCAAGCUCUUACUUACCUUCUCAGCAGCUCCCUUCUGCUCCCCUGUCUAAAUCUUGCAUGUUCCGAUUUAGACAGGGGAGCUGAAAGGAGCUGCUGAGAAGGUAAGUAAGAGCUUGCUGAGGGCCCUCCGCUGCACAGUCCAUGCCACCGGACCAACAGGGAAUGCCAUAUCCCCCCUCUCUGGCCAAGUAACAAUUUAAUUAUUAUUUUUUUAAAGUUAACAAAAUAAAAAUGCCCCCCCAUUUACACACACUACAUACCUACACAAACACACACACACUACACAAACACACUCUGCAUUAUAUACACACACACUACACAAACACACACACUCUGCAUUCAUUAUAUACACACACUACACUAACACACACACACUCUGCAUUCAUUAUAUACAUACUACACAAACGCACACACACUCUGCAUUCAUUAUAUACACACACUACACAAACACACUGCAUUCACUAUACACACACAAUGCAUUCACUAUACACACACUACACAAACACACUCUGCAUUCAUUAUAUACACACUCACUGCAUUCACUAUACACACACUACACAAACACACACUGGAUUUUUUUACAUACACACUACACAAACACACACUGCAUCCACUACACACACACUACACAAACACUGCAUUCACUAAUCAAAUACUCUCACUGCAUUCAUUACACACACAUAUAUUCUUGAAAACCUCAAUUCUGACUGGCAUGUAUAUUUUGUGCAUUUACCUUAAGUCAUUUACCUUGUUCAAUAAACAGUAGAUUUGUGUCUAAAUAGUUUAUUUUUUUUAAAUGGUAAAUGUACAGAAUAUUGAUAAGUUAUCGGCUAAUGGCUUGAAAGUUCACAGAUUAUCGUAUCGGCUCUAAAAAAUCAAUAUCGGUCGAUCACUACUACACACUUACAAAUUAUAUAUAUAUUUUUAUAUUUAUAUAUAUAUAUAUAUACACACAUUGCUCAAAAAAUUAAAGGGAAGCUUGGGACCCGGCCAAUGCUAUCCCGUUCAUCCCGGCGAAUAGGAGUUUACCCAGCCGAGCAAUACUUGACUCUGGAGACUAUUUUCUCUGUUUAUUUUCGUUUAAACCUUGCUUUCUCACCUAUUACGACAUAAAUGCCUCAUGGGGCCAGCAUCUUACAGAUGCACAGUUAGCACAGCAUAAGUUAUUAGUUAUUAUUGCAUUAGGUUGUGCACCCUAAAGCACAAGCACACGCCGCGUAUAUGUAUGUAUGUAUAUAUAUAUAUAUAUAUAUAUAUAUAUAUAUACACUGCUAUGUGUGUGUGUGCUGUGUGAGGGUGCUGGUAGUGUGCUAUGUGGGUGUUUGUGUGUGUGUGUGCGCUUGUGAGGGUGCUGUUAAUGUACUGUGUGUGUGUGUGCUGUUUGGGUGAUUUGUGGGGGUGGAGGUGGGGGCAGAUUAGUUAAUAAAGAUCCCCCCUCCCUUCUUACCUUAUGUAGGGAGGGGGAACCGUGCUGCUGCCUUCCCUGGUGGUCCAGUGGAGGUGGGGGCAGAUUGCUUAAUAUCCCCCUCCCUUGUUACCUUAUGCCAGGGAGAGGGGAUCCUUUCUGCCUUCCCUAGUGGUCCUAGUGGUGAGAGUGAACUCUAGCCUGCGGUAACCGCGGCAACGCUCAGAUCUUGCGCAAGGAAACCGGCGGAGCUGCUGGAAAGAGCUCCCUGGGUCCUCUCCUGCCUCCCUCCCUGCCUGUGGGUCGGUGGGGAGGGAGGCUGAGAGUAGAGCCGGCGCUCAGAUAGCGCCGGCUCUGCAUGAGCCGACAGGGGGGAUCCUGAGAUCUCCCCUGCCAGUCUCAAUACAUAGGCGUGCCGCGGGGAUUAGGGUGUGCCCAGGCACACCUGGCACACCCUGUGCGCACGCCUAUGGUUAUUAUUGUAUUUUCCUUUACUCAGACAACACUUAAAUGCUACGCAUUAUAUACAACGCAAGCAGGGAAGGACCGUAACCAUCUUUCCCACCAGACAAACCUAAAUGAGCCGCGACCGGGAUUAACCCGGGAACACAGGCUCCCUAAAGACCACCUACCCCCCCCAGCUCCACGCUAGUAUCCACUAACACCCACUCAACCAUGUGGAGCUGCACUCCUAUAGCGUCCUGUCCGCUCUAGAGACACACUACUUCUCUCUCAUUUUUGCUAACGUACGGCCAUACAUGCCUUAGACAUCUACCCCCACUACCACGACCACUGGAGGCAGGUAUAUGGCAGUAACACGCUACAUUACAAUAAAUUUAAAAAAACGCAGGCUACAUUGAUAUCCUACCAACUGCAUGUAAAUGGUUAACCGCAAUGUUAUACUUUAUUGAAUAUGUCAUACACAAUGUCUAUCACAAGCUGACUGCAAAAAAAUAAAGAAUUAAAAAAAAAAAUUAAAUAAAGGGAACACUUAAACAACACAAUGUAACUCCAAGUCAAUCACACUUUGUGAAAUCAAACUGUCCACUUAGGAAGCAACACUGAGUGACAAUCAAUUUCACAUGCUGUUGUGCAAAUGGGAUAGACAACAGGUGGAAAUUAUAGGCAAUUAGCAAGACACCCCCAAUAAAGGAGUGGUUCUGCAGGUGGUGACCACAGGCCACUUCUUAGUUCCUAUGCUUCCUGGCUGAUGUUUUGGUCACUUUUGAAUGCUGGCAGUGCUUUCACUCUAGUGGUAGCAUGAGACUGAGUCUACAACCCACACAAGUGGCUUAGGAUGGCACAUCAGUGCGAGCAUCAAUGCGAGCUGUGGCAAGAAGGUUUGCUGUGUCUGUCAGCGUAUUGUCCAAAGCAUGGAGGUGCUACCAGGAGACAGGCCAGUACAUCAGGAGACGUGGAGGAGGCCAUAGGAGGGCAAAAACGCAGCAGCAGGACCGCUUCCUUCCGCCUUUGUGCAAGGAGGACCAAAAUGACCUCCAGCAGGCCACAAAUGUGCAUGUGUCUGCCCAAACGGUCAGAGACAGACUCCAUGAGGGUGGUAUGAGGGCCUGACGUCCACAGGUGGGGGUUGUGCUUACAGCCCAACACCGUGCAGGACGUUUGGCAUUUGCCAGAGAACACCAAGAUUGGCAAAUUCACCACUGGCGCCCUGUGCUCUUCACAGAUGAAAGCAGGUUCACACUGAGCACAUGUGACAGACAGUCUGGAGACGCCGUGGAGAACGUUUUGCUGCCUGCAACAUCCUCCAGCAUGACCGGUUUGGCAGUGGGUCAGUAAUGGUGUGGGGUGGCAUUUCUUUGGGGGGCCGCACAGCCCUCCAUGUGCUCACCAGAGGUAGCCUGACCGCCAUUAGGUACCGAGAUGAGAUCCUCAGACCCCUUGUGAGACCAUAUGCUGGUGCAGUUGGCCCUGGGUUCCUCCUAAUGCAACUCAAUGCUAGACCUCAUGUAGCUGGAGUGUGUCAGCAAUUCCUGCAAGACGAAGGCAUUGAUACUAUGGACUGACCCGCCCGUUCCCCAGACCUGAAUCCAAUUGAGCACAUCUGGGACAUCAUGUCUCGCUCCAUCCACCAAUGUCAUGUUGCACCACAGACUGUCCAGGAGUUGGCAGAUGCUUUAGUCCAGGUCUGGGAGGAGAUCCCUCAGGAGACCAUCCGCCUCCUCAUCAGAAGCAUGCACAGGAGUUGUAGGGAGGUCAUACAGGCACGUGGAUGCCACACACACUACUGAGCCUCAUUUUGACUUGUUUUAAGGACAUUACUUCAAAGUUGUAUCAGCCUGUAGUGUGUUUUUCCACUUUAAUUUUGAGUGUAACUCCAAAUCCAGACCUCCAUGGGUUGAAAAAUAUGAUUUCCAUUUUUUAAUUUUUGUGUGAUUUUGUUGUCAGCACAUUCAACUAUGUAAAGAACAAAGUAUUUCAGAAGAAUAUUUAAUUCAGUCAGAUCUAGAAUGUGUUAUUUUUGUGUUCCCUUUAUUUUUUUGAGCAGUGUAUAUAGUUUUAUUUAUGUAUUUUAAAUUUUAAUUUAAAUCCACCCAGCCUCUCUACCUUUGGAUUCUUGCCUGGGGUCCAGUGGGGCUGGCUGCUGCUGGGCUGUCUUGGCGCUGAGUGGGCUGACAGGUAGACGCACAGUGGAGAUGAUGAGGGAGCUGUAAUUCUCCUGCUCAGCUCCCUCGCGUGCCGUUUAGUGAUGUCAGGAGCCAGACGUCAUAUUACGACUCCCAGCAUCACUGUGACCCCACCCGCAUUGUGAGCAUCUGAACGUCUAGGGGGUGGGAGGAGGGGGGAUCAGGGACCUGAGGCAAGCUCUUGGGCCCCCAUGACAGAGGCUAACAAGGCAUUUGCCAGGGCGCUUAGGUGCUGCCUUUUUUGCUUCCCCCAAAUGCCUUGUUAGCCUUGUGGGAAAUACACCACUUCCCCUAAUAUUAAAAUGUCCUUCUUCCUCCAUCAGAAAUUUUGGGAGAUAUGGAGUUGUAGUCUGUGGUAAUAUUUGUUUAUGGACUAUAUAUUGUAAGCAGGGCCAAAGACACCGUGAUUCCAAAAUACUGUACUGGCGUCUGGCAGACAAAUUUGACAGACCAUCGUCCAUGAAAAUCAGCCACUGGAAUUUACUUAUGAUGCAGAUUGUCUCAACCAAAUAUCAGUAUGUUGACAGGUUAUCCCAAAAUAUUGUGAUCACCAGUGAGGCAGGAUUUGCUGCACUAUAUAUAAGAGACUGUGUAUGUAUAUUGACUGUAUUUUAUCUGUACAAUGUACAUGAAUUUUCUGAAAAUCUACAUUGCGUGUUUGUUUUAUCUGUUCUCAUUUACAGAGAAAUUGAAUAAACUUAAUGAGGCAUCUCAUGUGAAUACCCAGGCAAUACAUUCUGCCAACGAUGAAAUCACCACAUACAGGCACCAACUGCAAAGCCAGGUUACUCAGCUGGAGGUACUAAAGAAUUCUCAGCAAAACCUGGAGAGACAAUGCAUGGAUAUGGAGGACCGCCACCAAGCUGAGAUGGCAUCUUACCAGGUAACAGUUAAUGCCACACAGAAUGUUACAUAUUGAGAGCAGGGUAUACAUGUACUGUGUAUUUACACUGUCAGCAGAAUGUACAUUGGUUGCAUCAUGUCUAUCUACUAGGGUAAUGAGACAAAUUGAGUUUGCAAUAUAGAGAUGAAAGUGCUGGUCAUUUUUAUAACAUAGGGUAACCGAUUCCAUACAUUUAGUUACUUAGUAGGUUAACUUACUAACAUAUACUGAUGAGAUGCAUUUUUAAGAAGUCAUAAGCAAGCAAGUUUGAAAUAAACAGAAGUACCCAAUGCCAGCUUUGAAAUAUAUAGAAGUACCCAAUGCUAAAAUUUAAAUAAACAGAAGUACCCAAUUCUAACAUUUAUUGGCACCACAAUGUGUAGUGUAAUAAUUUAUAGCUCUGUACGGAAUGGAUUUAUUCAUUCAAUAAGCUAUUAAAUAAUUACAUUAUAUUUUCUAACCUCUUUCUCAGGAUACUCUGCAGCAGCUGGAACAUGAACUGAGGAACACUAAGUGGGAAAUGGCUGCCCAGAUACGAGAGUAUCAAGACCUCCUUAAUGUCAAGAUGGCUCUAGAUAUCGAGAUUGCUGCAUAUAGGUAAUUGAUCAUCUCAGGUUAAUUCAAGAGUUCGGCAAUCUUUUUACCUCAGUCAUAUUACCCUAAUGUACACAUAUUAACUUUAGUAACACUUGCAUCUCUAAGCACCUAUUGAUCUACAUUCUCAUCCUUCCCUAAACUCCUUCCUUGUACCUCUGUGUUCUUUUUCUCAUCACCCCUUUUCAGCCCUCAGUUUCUCUCUCCCAUACUCUUGCUGCAUACAUAUUAUAUUAUAGCAAUCUGCCUCACAUAUACCUCCCAUCUUUCACCAAUUGCUUUAUCUCAUCUCAUCCUCCCAAAACAUCCACAUCUUUCAAUUUAGGAUCUGUUCUCAACCAAGCACUUACAAUCCUUUGCGAGUCAGAACCCACUCUGUUCAUCUUAGGAGCCCUAUCCCAUUCCUUCUAAAGAUUCCCUUCACGACACAUAUUCGUUCUAUCUUUGGGAAUUUUACGUCUAAUAUAAGUCCACCUUUCUUUCAGUACAUCACCCUCUAAUUAGUCCCCUUAGAUUCUCCUGCCACGCAUCCAGUUCAUUCAUCCAGGGACUUCCUCCCUAACAUGACAUCAUCACUCCGUCAUAGGCCCCACUUCCUCCCAGCAGCUCAUUCUUUACCACUUUGUCAUACCCUGCUUCUCUGCUAUCACAUCAUACCUUCAGUAUAGGACUCCUCUAUCCCAGCACUUCAUCCCUUUAUCCUUUCACCAUUGCUUUCCUAUUCAUUAUAGUCCAUUUCAAUACAUUUAAUUAUUUUAUAAUAAACCUCACCUUGCCAAAACACUUCAUUGCUUCAUCAUAGCCCCCUAAUGUCCUCUCAUCAUUGCCCCCUUUGCUGACACUAUCCUUGCAAAUGUUGCUUCAUCAAUGGACCGUCUGCAUUCUAUCCUUUCCCUUUCUCGACUAUCGUUCCUUCAUUAUAGGCUAAAUCCCAUAAUUUCCUUUAUCACUGACCACUCACUAACUUUGUAGCACUUCAUCCCUUCAGCAUAGUCCCACCCAGCUUUUAUCCCUCCAAAGACCUUACCCCUUCAUCAUAGGUGUCCCAGGUCAGAACUCUUUUUCAUCCCCUCACACCUGUAUUGACAUGUAUGGGUGUUCCUACGUUUCUUUUGCUGCCACACGUUUCUUGCCAUAGAGCAUAUGAGUUCUUGAUAAGCCAUGUUGACAUGCUGUGAAUGGGCAUCACACACUCAGUAUAUCUCAGUUUGUAUCUAUGACCACACUUUAUUAUUGCCUGCAAAACAUUGAGGGGUUAAAUCUGUGAUAGAUAAGCAAAAGGGCAGAUGUUCCAGUUGUCUGCAAAGCAUGUGGGCCUUGAACAACUGCCCCUUUUAAGAUUGCUUUUGAAACAGCUGUAAUUGCACAAGCCUGUGGUACAAAAAAUGUUUUCACAUUUGAUAUUAUAAUGUUCUUUACUUCAUAUUCUUAUGAAGUGGAUGAUAGCAUUUUUUAACUCUGAUUUAUCUGAACAACCUUUUCCUGUCCCGUUCUUUAUCUUUAGAAAGUUGCUAGAAGGUGAAGAAUGCCGCAUUGGGUCUGGAUUUGACCUUUUCCCGUUUGAUGAUAGAACAGUGAGGGUUCCCAGUACCCCAAAGCACAUCAAAGUUAAAAAAGAAGAAAAAAUUAAGAUUGUGGAGAAAUCAGACAAAGAAACAGUAAUUGUAGAAAAACAAACAGAGGAAACUCAUGUAACUGAGGAGGUGACAGAGGAAGAAGAAAUAAUUGCAUCUCCUGAAGUAGAAAAAGAAGUCGGAGAAGAGGAGACAAAAGAUGAGGAAGAAGCUGAAGAGACAGCAGGGACAGGAGAAGAAGAGGAUAAGACUGUUGAUGUAGUAGAUGAAGAGAAAGCUAAAAUUAAGGACGAGGAGCCAAGCAAAACAACAGACCAGGAAAACAAAACAAAGAAAAGUGAGAAGGAAUCAACCAAAAAAGAAGAAACUACAGAGAAAGAGACAAAGGGUAAAACAGAUGAAAAAGCAGACAGUGAGGAAGCCAUCAAAGAUAAAGAGAAGGAAGCAACCAAAAAAGAGGAAAAAGGUGAACCAAUUAAGAAGAAAGAAAAGACAGAGCCUGUAAAAAAAGAUGAACCAUCCAAGGAGGGAGGAAAGAAUGAUGACAAAGUGGACAAAGCUAAAACUGAUGAUAUACCCAAGAAAGAACAAAAGAAGGAGCCAUCUGAAAAAGAGUCUCUUAAGAAAGAUGAAAUAAAGGAGCCAGUUAAAGAGCCUCCUAAAAAAGAAGCCAAAGUUGAUUCUGCAAAAGAUGGAAAGAAGGAACCUGACAAACAAGCAGAACCUACAAAACAGGAGAAAAAAACAGAGGUGGCAAAGAAGGGAGACAUUGUUGAGACUCCCACAAAAGAAGAAAAAAAAGAUAAGGGAGAGAAAGCAACAACUACAGCCAAAGAAGAAAAGGAAGAGUCUGAUAAAAAAGAAGUUAAGCCAGCUAAAGAAAAAGAUGAAAAACCUGACAAAGUCAAAGAAAAAACACAGAAAGCAGAAGAUAAUCAAUCAAAGGCAGAUGACACUAAGUCGGACAAAACAGAGAAAGAGACAGCCCCGGCUAAACAAGAACAGAAGUCAUCAAAAACAGAGGAGAAGCAGAAACCCAGGGAAGAAAAGAAGCCUAUCCAGCUGGACAGUGAUAAAAAGCCUGAGAAAGUAGAUGAGAAAAAAACAGCCAGAGGAGAAGAGGAGUCUCCUAAGAAAGAAGAAAAGAAAUCUAAGGCAGACGAAAAGUCAUCUAUUGUGGAGAAGCUAGCAAAGGCAGAGGAAAAAGCCGGUGAAAUAAAAGAUAAGCCAGCCAAGGCUGAGGAGAAGCCGCCUAAAGCAGAGGAGAAGGUGCCAGUCAAGGGAGAGACAAAGCCAGCCAAACUAGAGGAAUCAAAACCAGCCAAGGCAGAGGAAAAGAAGCCAGCCAAGGUGGAGGAAUCAAAACCAGUCAAGGCAGAGGAGAAGAAGCCUGCAAAGGUAGAGGAAUCAAAACCAACCAAGGACGAGGAGGAGAAGAAGUCAGCCAAGGUGGAGGAGAAGAAGCCAGCCAAGGUAGAGGAAGAAAAGCCAGCCAAGAAAGAGGAAAAGAAGCCAGCCAAAGUAGAGGAAUCAAAACCAGCCAAGGAAGAGGAGAAGCCAGCCAAGGUAGAGGAAGAAAAGCCAGCCAAGAAAGAGGAAAAGAAGCCAGCCAAAGUAGAGGAAUCAAAACCAGCCAAGGUAGAGGAAUCAAAACCAGUCAAGGCAGAAGAGAAGACGCCAGUCAAGGCAGAAGAGAAGACACCAGCCAAGGCAGAGGAAAAGAAGCUGACCAAAGAAGAAAAGACUACAGCAAAAGAAGAGGAGACAAAACCGAUUAAGGUUGAGGAAAAAAAGCCAACCAAAGCAGAGGAAAAGACACAAGUCAAAGCAGAAGAGAAGAAGCCUGCCAAAGAAGAGAAGAAGCCAACCAAAGAAGAAGAGAAAAAGCCUACCAAGGCAGUAGAUGUUAAGCCUGUCAAAGAAGACGAGAAGACCAAGGUAGAAGAAAAGAAGGAAACCAAACAUGUGAAGGUAGAAAUUUUGUCACCAGAGGCAGAAGAUAAGGAUGAGCCUGUAAAAGCAAAGGAAUUGCCAAAGGCAAAAAAUGAUGAAAAAUCCUUAAAAGGUAAGUCUCCAAUCACAGAAAAACCUAACAAAGAAGACAGUCCAAAAGUAGACAAAAAAGCCAAAGAAACAUUGGUCACUAAAAAGGAACCAACACCAAGUGGAAAAUCCAAGACAGAGAAAAUAGAAAAAUCUUCUGGCACAGAUCCAACAGACAGUGAAACUACUCAGGAAGCAAAAAAGAGUGAUAAGUAAGCCAACCUCUGGGAAAAUGUAAAUAGAGAGUUGGAAUCACCAAAGAGGCCACUAGCUGCCCAAUGUUUUUGCUCUGCAACUGUCACCCACAGAGACUGCUUUGAGAUGGUAAAAACACUGUACUGCUAUGCAGAAUGGACAUUAAGAAACCCGCCUAUAGAGUAAUUGGGGCAGACGUUGCUCAGCAGGUUUUUCUAAUGCAGCAGUCCAACCCCUUCCUUAAGAAACCUCAAGACUUAUAUAUACUAGAGCACAUGUGAAUACACAUGAGGGUAUAUAUCAAGGGUCACAAAGGAUGUGAAAAAAAUGAUGUAAACCUCUGCCCUACUUGUGCAAAUAUAAUGGUUCGUUAUAGGAGCUGAUAGGGUACAACAUGUAGGACAGGUUAGGUUCAGUUGUAGUAGACAGGCGUUAACAGGAAUUUAGAGAAGAAUGGGUGGAUAAAAAGUUAAACGUUUAAGAAACAAAACUGAAUAAUUGAGAAACUAAAUAA